UUCUUUACCACCAUUACCACCACUCAUAGACGUUGGCCUGGAGCCUCCCUCUCCUCAUCAUCACGCCGCUCGUCGUCAUCAUCGUCAUCAGCAGCAUCAGCAUCGGCUCCUCGUCUCUCUUCAUUGCUAUACCCGCGCGGUCAUAUUGACUAAGUCGUCGUCGUAGUCGUGUGCGAGUCGUCCUCGCGCUCGUGGUGAGGCGCUGUCAUCAUGGCUAGUCGACGUCAGCAGCCGCCCAAUGAAGCGGGGCUUCCAGCCUCUCGCUCGACGGCUGCAACGACGAGAAUCCCUCUCAGCGUCAAAAAUGUUCAGCCUCGAGGUACGGGCGACGACGUGGCCGAGGAAGCGCAAUUGAAGCCAUCUGCUACCCAACAGCAGCAGCCUACCUCCCGCCUAGCCUCUGCCAAGCACAUUGUAGCCUCUCGCUCAGCAGCAGUAGCAGCAGCAGCAGCCUCGAAUAUAGGCUUGCGCACCCCUCAGAAGCGUGCCAUCCCACGCGAGGAGGUUCAUCCUCGCAACAUCGUAGACGAAGAUGACGAGGCGAGUCCACCUCAUCCUCACAAAAAGAGUCGAUCCUCCAAGAGUGAGAGAGAGGGCGGCGAGAGUGCCAAUACUAGUCAGAGCAUCUCCAACGAGCUCAACCAGAUGAACGUCGAUGAAGAGGGACCACAACCACCUCAGCCUCAACCUCGCAACAACACUGAGCCCACCAAGACGGCUGCUACCCCUUCCCUCGCCCCCACGACCACGACCACGCGCAUCGACAAGCACUCCCGUCUCUCGGCCGCUGAGCGAGCAGCAAAGGACGAACAUACCCGCCUCACUCGCAAUGACUGGCGCAAAAAGUACAUUGCCGCCUUCACCAAGUUCGCCUUCUACCUCGAUGGCUUCGACGACAAGAGUAAAGAAAAGAUGACCAUUGCCAUUCAGAGGUGCGGCGGGCGAGUCGAGCCCUUCUUUGACAAGUCGUGCUCCCACGUCGUCGCCAAUCGCAAGACGCCAGCCACAGCUACGACGACUACGGCACCUUCGACCUCUUCCUCUCGCCUUCCCUCUGCCGUCACGCGCAAAGUUGACGCUACCGCCGCCGCCGCCGCCACGGCCGCUACUGGUGCUGCCACCAAGCGUUUCUCCCCGAGCAAAAAGGGACUCGGACGCAAGAAUCGCGAGACUCCCCUCCACUCUGACCGUAAUCCCUUCGAAGAUACCAUCCCAUCGAUGGCCUCCAACGCCAGCGACGUCGUUCGCAAGGCCACUGAUCUCGGCAUCAAGGUCUGGACGCUCGACAAGUUCUGGACCACGAUGAACUUCCUCUUUGGCACUGAUGCCGCGAGCACUGGACCGUCGUCCGCCACCAAGCAAGACCUCGCAAAGAUGCUCGAACACGAGCGCAUCCACGGCACGUCGGAGCGCGACCUCUCGGCACCUCAGAGCGGCUAUCGCUACCUCGACAAGCGCAACGACGUCUUUGUCCUCGUGGGCGACGCUACAGAGGAGCAUCACGCCAUCAUCUUUCAGCAGUACGCCAAGCCAGAGGACCCCAAUGAGAGGCCGCCCUGGCCCAAGCUCUACGGCGAGCACGAGGGACGAUGCCCCUUCACCAAGUACAGCCGCAGGAAGGAGCGAGAGCGCGAGCAGCGUGAGGCUGAGGACGAAGCACGCAAAAAGGAACGUCAGGCGGCUCUCGAUCGCGCCAAGCUCGAGGCUGCCACUACGCCCGGACCAGAACCCUCGCGCGCUUACCACCGCCUCGACAGCCUUCGUCGUGAGCAGUCCAAGGACAGCCUCCGUGCCAGCGCCUCCCCCGCCCCUGAGUCUCGUGUCUUUGAGCGAGGAGCUUCCCCCUACCAGCUAGCAUCGGGCAACAGCGUCAGCGUGGCCAGCAACAUGACCUCGGCCCAGUACGGGAGCACGGCUAGUGUCGCUGGCAGCCUCUACGGCUCGCACGGCAUCAUCGCAGGUGUCUCCACGCCUAGCUUCGCUCUUCAAGACAAGCGUGUCGCUCAGCUAGGUAGGCGUAUGGUCUCGGCUGCUUCCCCCGCCAACACCAUGACCACUCCAGACGGCUCCCAUGCCAUGGCUCGUUCCAGCUCCGUCCCUCGAGCUACGGAUCCUGUCGCUCACGGCGCCCUCGUCCGCCAGAUGCUCGGCAUGACGAAUGAGAGCCAGAAGGUCCAUCACGCGACUCAUCCCGCCCAGCCGCACGCACAGGCACCUCCUCGUCAGCAUCCCGCCCGUCCUCACGCUGCUGCCGCCGCCGCCGCCGCCGCCGCCGCGCACGCAGCAGCACAAGCAGCUGCUGCCGAGCAAGAGGCAGCCGCAGCUGCUGCCGUCGCCGCCGCUAAGAAGGACAAGGAGAAGAAGGCCUUCUACUGCGAGAACUGUCGCAAGGGCUUCAACAACUUUGACCGCCACAUCAGCUCGGCUGAGCAUCGUCGCUUCGCCACCAACGACAACAACUUUGCCAAUCUCGACAGUCUCCUGGCGCGCCUCAUCCGUCCACCCGCUCCUUGGAUCCACAAGCCCGAGUGCGAGUACAUCCUGCGUCAUGCUCGUGGAGAGGACGUCAUCGAUGAUGACGAGGACGGCGACGAGGGCUGCGAGGAUGUGGGUUCCAUCGUCGGCGAGGAUGCAGCGUACGCAUACGACGGCGCUGAGCAGGGCGAGGGCGAGGAGUCGUACGAGACGCAUGCAGGGCAGAGUUUGGAGUGGAACACGUCGAUUGAGGAGAAUGAGGGGCACCUGACCCCCGGAACGAGUCCUGGAUUGCAGGGCGACUACGACGACGGGAAGCGCGCAGAGGAGGACGAGUAUCUGGAUCCCUACAUCGUGGGCGAGGCGCUUUGAGGGUGCACACACAGCUCAGCGAGCGCAAUGAUCCUUGGCAUCGUCACACACUCACAUCAUCAUCAAGACUACCCCAGCACAGCAAGCCACGAUCUACGACGAAGCACCAGGCUUUUCUCACGAUCAAUUUCAUGAUUACGAAGCUCCCCGAUCCCCACUCCCCCUCUCUCACGCAUCAUCAUUUGUAUUAUCCAGCAUAGCCGCGGCAGCGCAACACCAGCCCCAAAAAUCUCACGAUGAAAUUGAAACUUCUAUCUAAUCC